ACGGCCUCGAAACUUCAUGUCAUCGGUCGUGCCUUCUGUUUCCUAACACUACAAAGGCUUUUGUUCGAUUCCAGUCUUUCUAAGUAUGAACCUUUACCCUCCCUGUGGUCCCUUUCGUUCAUAUACUUUCAAAGACGAAUCAGUCUGACUUCAAUAUGGGGCCAGACCGAAACGAAGCCGGUCUUCGCGUGGAUCAGCAGCAACUUCAUAUCCACGAAAGCGUACUCGUGGUGCUAAAACCCAAACGGAUACCCAUACCCAGGAACAGGAGAAAACGUAGUUUGCUUUUUUUUUUCCCUAGAAUGUGAUUCUCGUUAUAUCUGACUCUCCAUGCCAUCAUCUAGGUCAGAAAUGGAAAACCAGGAAGAACUGAGAGUUGCCCAUCCCAGGCACAUCCUUUAUCAGGUUGCGAAAGCUAUGAACGGCAAGCACAAUGAUCUAUGCGUCACGCUCCCGUCUCAUUCGACGUGGAAGACCGCCAUCCGGGCUGCCGAAGAAGCUAUGGGCGACGUCGAUGAGAGCAUUUAUUUAAUGCCUCAGAGCACUGGAUCCACGAAUCGCCAGCGGGUUCGCGAGAUGGCCCUCGACUUCGCCAGGAACGAGGGUACGGUGGUAGGUCCAUUGGGGGCCAACUACGGCCGUCGCAUCCGAACUAGCUCAGAUAUCCGUCAUUCAGCCCCCCCGCAGCGUGCGUCGGCAAAUACACGCCAGCGCCUCCGGGAGACGGCCAAAAAAAUGGUGGACGAGCCGUGGAAAGAUCCGUACGCGAACAUUCAUGUAGGCCUGACGGAGGGCUACCUACCUAUUGUGACGGCCAAUCUUCGUGUUUAUGCCAUCGAUGAUUCUCCGGCGGGCGAAUUGGGACAACUGGAUGCUGUAGAGAUGAUAUGGGACACGGGUGCACAUCGUACCAUAAUCACCGAAGAACUCCUUCCACAGUCAUUCAGGGAAUAUUUGCGAACUCCAAUCCAUGAUCCGUACCGAUCCAGUGACGGAUCUAGCGUGCAAAUUGAUGCAGAGGUAGCCCUCACCAAUGACGUCAUCCUUAUCAACACCCUGGCAAUCGUUAUACCACAGGCGAAAAUGCCUAAUCAGCUCCGAGGGAUCUUAUUCGGUCAGAUUUCUUGUAUCAAUCGGAUCAGAUAUGAAAGCAUUCCGCGCGACUUCCUCCUCGCCAAAGGAGAGAAUGUCGGGGAUGAUGUUUGGGGAGACUUCAUUGUGAAAGAAUAUGUUAAUGAGGACGACAACAUUGUUGUAGUUUGAAAUGGUUGUUUUCUUUUCAGUUUAUUCUUCAUGCUGGUUAUGAGAGAUAGCUUGUAUGGUAGAUGUAUAACAGUCAGUCACUAAUUAGAUGGUUUGUUUGUCACGGGCUCGGAAUAGCAGAUGAUAAUGAAUCGACGUUCCUAU